UGCUGCACAGACAACAAAGGCGGUUGCUGUCAUUCUCCAUCGUGAGGAUGACACAUGGCUUUCAGCCAUGAAGCCCUCGUUUCCUCUUCCAAGCAGCCCUGAAGGCCUUCUUGCUCUGGUCAAUGGUCAGUCUGAUCUAUUAUGGACCAGGCACACCCUCCAACCAGAGUGUUCAGAACUGGCUAGGUUCCAUGUUCCAAGAGUAGAGUGGAAUUUAUGAGAUGAUUCAGACAGACCAUUAUUGGAAGGUUGUCCAGCUUCAGUGCCAAUGCUAGUUGAGAACUUGGUGAUGCGUUCAAGUCAUUUCGUAUUCCAGGCUCCGCUACCGUUGAACCCAUUUCGCCUGUUUUUUAUUGUAGAUAUUCGAUAAGAUUGUCCGAAAUGGUUAGACAUGCUGCUCCUAGAGGCCUGGGAAGGCAUUGUCAUUGUUGUCGGCAAAAGAGACCAGCUGCUGAGCUGAUUCCAUGCGGAGCAUCUCAAGGUGAAGGUGGAGCCAAACAUGGCCCAUGGUGCCAUAGGUGCAUCCUGACAAAGCUCCACAAGAACUUGUCGUUCAUAGCAGCGGCGACUAUGGCUGCUAAAAGGGGGACCUGGCGAUGUCCACGAUGCGACGAUGUCUGUCCUUGCAACAAAUGUGUACAGAGAAGAAGCAAGGACGGAAGGCAGAGACGAGGACAAAACCAGCUCAGGAAUGAAGUCAACGAAUUCGAGCCUGGGAAGGGGAUUGAGGAGCUGCAUAUUAGUAACUUUUCGAAUGUUGACGGGGACUGUACUCCUGGAGCAUCCAACGCAGGAGUUACAUCGAGUGGGUCAUAGUGGCCGUCUGAGCGUCAUUCCUUACCGUCAAUUUCGCUGACUCCGAUUUUAUCGUAUUUCUGCUGGCAGGUGCUCCUCAAGAUGAUGAAGCAUAUGAAGGCGCUCUCGGCUUGUGUGCUAUUUUGAAAAAGGAUGACGAAAACUCGCUUUCCAAUUCGCCAUCGGAAUCAAGUGACAACAGCAAGGUCCCACUACAGCACCAAGGUCCCACUACUUCCGAACAACCGAGACUCGCACCAGAGCAACCGGUGGCUUAUUGUUUUGAAGAGAAAGAUGAGCCAUCAUCACCUGCUGAGGUGCCAUGGACCCCUAGGAAAAGCAGGUCUUCUUUCAAGCGCGAUUCCGCAGCAGCUAGAUUUAAAGACGCUCCUCAGAAACAGCAUGCACAAGCUUCUCCUGGAAGAGGCGACUUGAAGGAAGUGGCCACAGCGGAACAUCAAGUCGAAGAAAAUUAUGAGCUGUCGUUUAGGCACAAGCUGCCUCGAUACUCUGUUGAUGAAGAGCAACAACAGACUCUCUCGCAAGAGGGCGAGCUACCAUUGCCUCUGAUUCGUGGUUCCAGGAGCUUCACCUACCGUACACAGGAUGGGAAUAUGGGUGGCCGUUCAAACAUUGGGCACGAUGAUGUGCAGCCAAAGUUUGGACUGAGGUUUUCUGGGUCCUUCGACGCAUUUCAGUAUGCCACGGCCAAAGGUGUGAGCGAAUCAUCUGCUAGGGAGCGCUUCUUCUCUGUUGGAAGACUGCCGGAUUCGUUGUCUCCUCGCUCAGCAUCCGUUCCGCACACUCCGGUAAGGAGGAAGCUUUCCCGCAAAGGCAUUCCAUCAAGGGGCGAUUCAGGCAUUGAGUUCAGCCCGCUGAUUGGGCCAUCAUCUCCGUGCAAGCCAGUCAGUCCAUGCGUUCUUCCACAGACAGCAGCUGGACCUCCUGCAAAUCGCCAACUCAGAAUGCGCAUCUCAGCUCCUGGUUUGGAUUCUGAUGAACGUUGCACAAGCGAAGUCUCCAUUGAGAAGCUGGAGACACUUCGCCCUGGCUUCAGCAAGGAGGAUGGUGCAACUUCGUCCUUCCAAAAACAUGUACAAAGAAGAUUUCCUGAAGACAUGAAGGCAUCAUCAAGUCCUGGGACACCAAGCACUUUGAAAGCAGGGUCCGACAAUCUCUCUGGCGGUCCUUCAACCAGCAGAUCGGGUGCUUUGGGUAAUCAGGAGAGGAUACGGUCAGACAAGAAAGUUGCAGCUGCUGUCGCGGCAGCAUUGAAGCUGUGUGUGCCUGAGAUUGCUGGGUCAGGAGUCUCGUCCAGCUAUAAGGCAUCUAGCUCGUCUAGUGAUUGUUCUGAAGGAGUGGGCUGCCAGGAGGAUUCUGGUACAGAGGAGUCCCCACCUGGUGCAGGGAAGCAGAAAGGCAGUGCGACCUCCGAUCCCACACUUCGUCGUCACAUGAAGUGUACAUAUGGAACAGCUGUAAGGAAACAGCAACACCCCGGUAUUUCUCCGUACGACCUUGUUCAAGAGGGAUUUUCUAAUGACCCCUGGAAGCUUCUGGUCGCGUCUAUGCUCCUGGAGGAGCAUCCUUCCCAUAUGGUGCGACAUGGAAUUGUGAGGUUGUUUCAAAAUCUCCCCUCAGCAGAUGACGUCAUAUCAUCUGACAUGCAAAAGCUGGGAGAAAUCGUUUCUAGUGCAGGAUUCCACAAAAAAUGGGCCAAGGACUUGCUUCGCUUCUCGCGAGAAUUCUCUUGUGGAAACUGGGUUCAAGUAUCUGACCUCCCGGGAGUUGGCAGGUAUGCCACAGACUCGUAUGCAAUCUUCUGUGAAGGUCGGCUUCAGUCAGUUCAUCCAACAGACAGCCUUCUGCAAAGGUAUAAGGGGUGGGCACUGUCACGUACAUAAUGUAUUAUAAAUCUCGAAUUCUUGUAUAAAUUUCAGCAGAGCAGCAUGUUCAUAGCGUUGUGCCCGCUUGCUAGUUUGUGUUCAUAUUGUAGAGCUUGUAACUAGUACAUUAUUCUGUCGAUACCAUUG